CGGUGUCAUCUCCAUCCUCCUUCACCCUGAAGACAAACACCAUCAGCACCACCGUCCCCAACUCUUACUACCCAGAUCCCUUCGUUCCAACAGCCAUCCUGGAUGACAGUCACACAAUGACCAGUGAAACCAGCAGCCUGGUCCAGUCCCACUACAAGAAGCGGGAGUCGGAGCGGGAGGCUCUGCCCUACCAGACCGGACAGCUACACCCAGCCAUCCGGGUGGCGGACCUGCUGCAGCACAUCACCCAGAUGAAGUGUGCCGAAGGCUAUGGCUUCAAGGAGGAGUAUGAGCUUAACGAGAGUUUCUAUGAGGGACAGUCGGCUCCAUGGGACUCAGCCAAGAAGGACGAGAACCGGAUGAAGAAUCGCUAUGGCAACAUCAUCGCCUACGAUCACUCUCGUGUGCGUCUGCAGCCUCAAGAUGGAGACUGCGGCUCGGACUACAUCAAUGCAAACUAUGUGGACGUGAGUGAAUACGUUAGACCCAUGCAGGAGACGGUGUACGACUUCUGGAAGAUGGUGUGGCAGGAGAACACUGCGGCCAUCGUCAUGGUAACCAACCUGGUGGAGGUGGGCCGGGUGAAGUGCUGUAAGUACUGGCCCGAUGACACGGAGAUCUACGGCGACAUGAAGGUGACGCUGAUCGAGACUCAGCUGCUGUCAGAGUACGUGAUCCGGACCUUCGCUGUGGAGAAGAGGGGCGUGGCUGAGAUCAGAGAGAUCCGACAGUUUCAUUUCACUGGUUGGCCCGAUCACGGCGUGCCGCUCCAUGCCACCGGGCUGCUGGGCUUCAUCCGCUGCGUCAAGACCAAGACUCCUCUCACCGCCGGCCCCACGGUGGUCCACUGCAGUGCGGGGGCGGGGCGUACAGGUUGUUUCAUCGUGAUUGACAUCAUGCUGGACAUGGCGGAGCGAGAAGGCGUGGUCGACAUCUACAACUGUGUGAGAGAGCUGAGAGCCCGACGGGUCAACAUGGUCCAGACCGAGGAGCAGUAUGUCUUCAUCCACGAUGCCAUCUUGGAGGCGUGUCUCUGUGGCAACACAACCAUUCCAGCCAAUCAGCUGCGCUCAGUUUACUAUGAGAUGAACCGAUUGGACCCUCAGACCAACUCGUGUCAGAUCAAAGAGGAGUUCAGAACCCUGAACAUGGUCACACCCACCCUGCGUGUGGAGGACUGCAGCAUCUCCCUGCUGCCACGGAACCACGAGAAGAACCGCUGUAUGGACGUCCUGCCUCCUGACCGCUGCCUGCCCUUCCUCAUCACCAUCGAUGGAGAGAGCUCCAACUACAUUAACGCUGCACUGAUGGAUAGCUACAAGCAGCCGUCGGCAUUCAUUGUUACCCAGCAUCCUUUGCCCAACACAGUGAAGGACUUCUGGCGUCUGGUUCUGGACUACCACUGCACGUCCAUCGUGAUGCUGAAUGACGUGGACCCCGCUCAGCUGUGUCCUCAGUACUGGCCCGAGAACGGCCUCCAUCGCCUCGGCUCGCUGCAGGUGGAGUUUGUCUCUGCGGACCUGGAGGAGGACGUCAUCAGCCGCAUCUUCAGGAUCUACAACACGGCCAGGCCACAGGACGGGUACCGCAUGGUCCAGCAGUUCCAGUUCCUGGGCUGGCCCAUGUACCGAGACACGCCCGUCUCCAAGCGCUCCUUCUUAAAACUCGUCCAUCAGGUGGACAAAUGGCAGGACGAGUACGACGGUGGCGAGGGACGCACUGUCGUCCACUGCCUGAACGGUGGUGGGCGCAGCGGCGUGUUCUGCAGCGUCAGUAUCGUGUGUGAGAUGUUGCGGCAGCAGCGCUGCGUCGACAUCUUCCACUCAGUGAAGACGCUCCGAAACAACAAACCAAACAUGGUGGACCUGCUGACACAGUUACACACGGACCAGUCUAAAGUCCCCGACUCAGCUCCCUCCAUGGAAGACGUGCUGGUGGGACUGAGAAGGUCCCAGAAGUAUUCCUUCCACCUCCUGAUGACAUCACUGGUUGAGGUCAGCACCUUCGAUCCAAAAUCCUGCAAAUGA